AAAUGCAAGUACUUAACUCCCUCGCGCAAGCGUUUGAGUUUUCUAGCGGUGCAAGAAUUGGUCUUUAGUUUUGAUUUGGUCUUGAAUAAUUCGUUUGAAAAAGUGGCAACCACAUAAUGGCAUUUGACUGAACGAUAAUAUUUCUUUAAUUGGAUUCUAGAAGGGAGGAUUCCCCCAUUUAAAAUUAUCCACAAGUGGUUCGCAGUUUUGGUGAGCUGAAUUAUCAUAACCUACAAUAAAAACGUCAAUUUUUUUAUGUUGAACAUAAAUGAGAUGAAUAAAAAAGCCGGUAGAUGUUGAAUGGUUCAAGAUAGUGAAAAAAUUAGCAUUUGUUAUUGGACACUCAAGUAAAUAAGGACGAGGAAGAGAUGUCUGUUGAAACCCCUGUAUCGCAAAAUAUAAGCGCAAUCAAUGAAAAAUUGGCCUACGAUGCUUUGUCUCCGAAGUUUCACAUGCCAAAUUUUGAUAAUUACCGAGACCACGACAGUUAUCAUGGGUUGAACAAUAACUUUUCAAAAGAAAUAAACCUGUCACCUUUAGAUGUCAACUUUCAGAACACUCAAAUUUUCACUGUCCCCAUAAACGUUCUGCCACCUCCACCCCACAAAAUUGUCCAUUAUCAAAAUAAUAUAAUACUCAAGAAACUAGACAGUAAGUACGGUGGUAAGAACAAAGACAUCAGGUCUGAUGUGAGAGCAGUAUCACCAAAGGGGUAUGAGAGUGAUGAGAGCGGAAGAUCUUCUCUCUAUUCAAAGUGCAUCCAGCAGGCAAAUAAAACUAGUGAUAAGUCUAACAAACCUAACCCAAAGACUGAUGGUAAAAAUGGAAAAAAUGAUCAGUUUUCAACAGGAAAAUACAACUGUCACUCCCCCAAAGUUUACCAGCCUAACUAUUAUGAUCAACCUAGUGGAAAUACUAAUUUGAGAAACAAACGGUACUACACGAACAGUUCCUUACGGUCGAAGCAGAACACAUACAAAAAUUAUUCGGUAGACAACAUAACGCGUCGGGUUUAUGGACUUAUGGAGCGCUUCAAAUCCAGGGCGUACCUCAUGAGGAUCGACCCAAAUCCCGAGAUGCUGUUGAACGGGGGCUCUUCAGAUCAUCUCAGUCAGGCUAUAUGGGAUGUGUUCCUCAGUAAGGCGCAGAAGGAAAGCACCUACAUCAACAAACUGGAGACAUGGAAGACGAUAUUUCUAUCGAUAAAGAAUUGUCUCGACAGUUACGGUUUAUUCAUAGUCGGCUCAACGAUGUCUGGAUUCGGGCUGGAAACCAGCGAUAUAGACAUGUGUCUAUUAACCAAGCCUUUCGUCAACGAUCCAAGGAUAGAUGCUCUCACUCAUUUGGACCACGUCAGGAACCUCCUGGUUAAUGAUGGAAUCGUCAAAGACGUCGAGCUCAUAGUGGCGAAAGUUCCCAUCCUGAAGUUCAAGGACCUGGCGACUGGUUUCGAGAUCGAUCUCAACUGCAACAACGGCAUCGGAAUCCACAACACCCAUCUGCUUCACUGCUACGCGCGUCUGGACUGGCGCGUCAGGGCCAUGGUCGUCAUCGUCAAGGUGUGGGCUCAGGCCAAUAACAUCAACGACGCCAAAAACAUGACCAUAUCCAGUUACUCCCUGGCCCUGAUGGUCAUCAAUUAUCUUCAAUGUGGGGUCACUCCUCCGGUCCUCCCUUGUCUGCACGGCCUCGUCCCGGAGAUAUUCAACUCGUCGGUGGAGACGAGCACAGACGUCCAGGAGGACAUAGACUUCAUCAGGGACUUCAAGUCGGACAACAUCAACUGCAUCGGCGACCUUCUGAUCGGUUUCCUCAAUUACUAUUCCCACUUCAACUUCGCCGAAUUCGCUAUAUCGGUGAGGACGGGCAGUAGAUUGCCCAUCGACGAGUGCAGAUACCAGAAAUCGCCGAAGAACGACGUCAACCAGUGGAAGUACCUCUGCAUCGAGGAACCCUUCAACCUGUCCAACACGGCCAGGUCGGUGUUCGACGUGGACAAGUUCAAGUUCAUCAAGGACGUCUUCAUGUACUCGUACUGCGAACUGUCGAGGACGAAGAACCUCAACAUGAUCCUACCGGUGCAUUUUCCCGCAAACCAAAGAUGAUUCUCGUAGUGCUCGAACCAAAGAACCUUUUGUGCGUAUGAAGACAUUCUAUUUUUCUGUGACGCAACCUUCAUGUGUUAUGGAGCCCACGAAACCAGUACUUAGACCAUUGUCGACAAGUUCCUUUAUUCGUGUUAUUACGUUUCGCAAAGUCAGAAUGACAAAAGGGGUACGCAGGUUUUCUUCGUGCGUUUUUACCAUUCUUUUUCAUCACAUUCCGUGGUCCUGGAUUCAUCGGCGGCCUCGAACGGCCUCUAAAUUCUCGUAUGUAAUGUAUAUAAAAUUCGUGAAGUGUGAAUUCCAACGAGAAAACCUCAUCAGACAGUGGGGCGAUUUACCUGAAAGUAUUAUUUUUCCCGAAAAAUGGUAAAAUCUCCACGUAUUCACAAACGAAACGUUCGAUACUGAAAAUUUGUGAUGUUUUUUAUGUGUUCAGAUAUAUAUUUUAAUUAUUACAAAAGAUUAAAAAAAAAAUAAUAAAAAUGAUCCCGAGCCUGAUCGAAAUAUUUAUAAAGAAUCGAUCGGGCCGACACAAGAAUCGACAAACGGGAGGAAGAAAAAUUAUCGGAGAUAUUGAAGCUAGUGAAUUAUAUAUUUGUUUGCGAUUCCCUAUUUUUCUGUAUAUAUGUACUAUAAUGUCUAUACAUCUACAUUUUGUAGAACGAAACCCUGUAAAGAAAAAAAAGUUGGUAAAAUAAAAUGAAAAAAACAAAAAAAAUUCAAAAGGGGAAAAUAAAAAAAUAAGACGAAUCUGAACAGGAAAAUGUUUACGCGAUCUCGUUUAUCUUCGAAGCGUGUUAUUUAAAUUACCUGUAUUUGUGAUUGCUGACUGUGAUUCUCGAGAUUAAACUGAAAUUAGUUGUGAGGGGGUUUGUUACCAACGUUUACGUCGAGGUUCGUGGGGGACUUCGAAGAUAAAUGAGAAAAUAAAAAAAAAUUAAAAAAUUCUGACCUGUCACUGGUGUAAAUAAAGAUGAAAUCACUAGUGUACAUUUUUGGUUUACUGUAACGAUAUUUAUUCUUUGUGAGAAAAUCUUCAUCUUAUGAAAUAAAGUGCAGGUGGUUUGCCGCAACUGUUUUCAAAAUAUCAAGUUUGAACUUGUGAAAAUAACGCUUGGCACAACUCAUUUUGGAAGAGAAAAAAUUAAAAAGAAAAUUAUAAAACUCUUCUGUGACUCCGUCAAAAUUCAGUAAAAAAUAAAAACUCUUAAAUAAAUCUAUUAAUACUCAGUAAAAAAUAAAAGUUCUUGAUCCUUGUGAGAGAAAAUGAGGCUCGAUCAGAACCUUAUUUGCAUCGAAAAUAUAGUCUCCGCUGAGACUGAAUUUUCGUUUUACUUUCAUUUCGAGAAUCUCAUCAUUUCCAAUACUAAAUUUCAAGUGAAACUGUUUAUUCGUCCACUAAAAGCAAUUUUUUGUCACUAUAUUGGACUCGGCACAGAGUUGAUUAUUUCGUAGAUCUGAAUAACUCAUAUUAUUUCACGUUGUUCAGUUAUUUCUUUGGGAUGUGAUUGGAAAUUUGCAUCGAAUCAAUAUCAAACUCCAUAUUUUGGAAUCAGUUCUCAUCAUCAUUUGUGCUCGAAACAAUACAUAUCAAUCGGCGGGUCCUUAUAGCGAUGUUUAGCCUCUAUUAGCAACGAAGAGUGUUUGAGAAAAUUAUUAUCUUUUCUGUGUCUCUCGAUUUCCAAAUUUCGCGUCGGAAAGCAAAUUUUAAAUAGCUUUUCUCAGGUUUAUUGUCGAAAUAGUUUCAGUUUCUUGUAUGUUCUCUUUAAAAGACAAAUUGUUUGUAUUACGUGCCAUAUUUUGAACAGUAAGAGGAUGUGAUAUUCUACUGUAAUCUAUCUAUAAGAAACUGUAAUGUUUGUAUAAUUAAGGGAGAAUAACUUGAAAACCACUAACUAGUUUGUCGAACGCAUGCACCUUGUCCGGGUUUGAAAAAUUUCAAUAGGAUUUAUGGAGUCUAUUCGUCAUUCAAUUCGAGGAAACUCUGUCAAUUCAAAGAUAUUUCAACACGAAAGGCUUCCAAAUCACUCCUUGGGAAAUUUUCAAGCUUAUAAAUAACAGGUGCAAGUAACGACGAUGUUAGUUGGUAUGAAGUAUUCCUUAUAAAUAGACAAUAUUUAAAAUCAGAUACAAUAAUGUAAACAAUAAUUACGCUGUGUUUGUAAAGAGUUACACCAUUUACUUUGAAAUGUAGUGGACAAAAUUUAAGAGCGAGACUUUCAAGAUGUAAUAUUUCAGUUUGAUUUUCUAUGAAAAUUUGUUGAUGUGAUUAAUAAUGAAAAUAAACACUUGAAAUUAUUAUA